UGUGUCGAUAGUAGCGUUACUGUUUAAAAGUUGUUACAUCUUAUUGUGUUUUAUUUCUAUAAUACAGCAGUUUACGUAAAAUAUCGAAAAUAUGAAAAUUUUAUUUUACGCGACUACACUGUUAAUUGCGAAUAGUGUUAUAUGCUUCAACCGUUCCAAUAAAUUACAAUGUAAAGACGAAAAAAAUGUACCAGUGGAUUGGUAUGUGCUUUAUAAGUUACCAAAAGUUCAAACAAGCAGUAAUCCAUUGAUUAAAGAAGGUCUUGCUUAUCUAUAUAUAACAAAUAUAACCAUUGGAACUGGUUGGCAAUUGUCUUCUAAAUCUAUCAGUUCAAAUAAUUCCAUCCCUGGAAUUACAUUAGCGUCUCUUUACGAUCGUGAUAAUAAAAAUGAAAGUAUGUGGAGUUUAUACAACGAUAGUCCACCAAAUGCAUCUUAUGUUUGGAACUUUGGUCAUACAAAGGGUAUAGUGAUGGCAAAUAGUGAACAAGGAUUUUGGUUAAUUCAUAGCGUUCCAAAUUUUCCUCCAGUUCCCAAAAAUGGUAUACAGACUCGACCAUUAAAUAAGGAAAAUAUAAAUAUCGAUGGCAAAUACAAUUAUCCAGAAAGUGGAACAUUUUACGGACAAAGUUUCCUAUGUAUUUCCCUUGGUAGUGAUCAAUUUGAUAUUGUUGGAAAACAAUUAUUAUACAACGAAAUAGCAGUAUAUGCAAAAAACAUUCCUGAUAUACUUAGUAAACAAUAUCCGAUCCUGAAGAAUGCGACUAAUCAAAUACAUGUCAAAACGCCUCCCUAUAACCACAAAGCCGUAAUAAAGUCCUUAGGAAUGAUUGAAUUCACUUCGUUUGCUAAGGCUGGAAAAUGGGGAAAAGAGUUAUAUGGAGAUUUUGUAGCGCCACAAUUGCAGUCAGAUUUAUUUGUUCAGUCUUGGUUGAAUAGUCGGGGCAAAUUACCUUCAAUUUGUACUGGUAGAAAGAUUUACAAUGUUAAAAGCCUUAAAUUCGAUGUUGCGAAUGUAGAUUAUACUAGCAGUCAUGAUCAUUCCAAAUGGGCUAUUACAGAUACCAAGAAGUCCGUUAAUCACUGGGUUUGCAUUGGUGAUAUUAAUAGAGCUGAUACACAGUAUUCUCGAGGUGGUGGAACCGUAUGUUUUAAAGAGGAUCGAUUAUGGAAUAAUUAUCGUAAUAUUAUAAAUGAUGUAGAGCCUUGCCAUUAUAUGUAAAAGACUUUAGCGAAAUGUAAUUUGUUUUCAUUUAGUAAAA